AUGUAUGACGCGUGCCUGCCUCACCCCGGCCGUGAGUCAUGCGCAACCUUCUCCCUUUCCCUCUCCCUCUCUGCCUCAGCAGAUUUCGGUGAAGAAUUGGCGGUGUUAACUUCGACAUCACCCCAGGCAGCUCUGGAAGGCAGCUACAAUGCAAGUCGUCCACAAUCCUGCAGUUGGAACACCACCCCAAAUCCCAUCACCCCGCCCGCCUGCACUGGUCUUCAAGCUCUUAUUUCUGCCGCGGCUCUCACAGCCUCUCCGUUGAUAAGUGAUGGCUCCAACGCUGACAACCACGCAACCCCCUCGUGGGAUCUCCACCAGUCGUCUCCGUGUCUUCCACUUGGACUUCAACCGCUACCUCAGCAGAGAAUUGAGAUCCCAAAUGAACCCACUAGGCGACGUAAUGGACACAUUCGUAGUCCACCGAGUCAGUACGACGAUGAACGGUAUAGGGAGCGACGACGCAAAAACAAUGAGGCGGUUCGUCGGUGCCGGGAGAACAAACGGGCACGUCUCUCGAUGCGUGAUGAAGUAACUGGACGCCUGGAAUCCGAUAACACACUUCUGCGCUUGAAACUGGAUGGUUUGAACUCAGAAGUGAGGGCCCUGCGUCACCUCCUCCUGGCUGGACAACAGCAGAUUGUUGUCCCACAGGCAGUAAAAGACGAACCACAGCCUAAAGUGGAAAACACUCCCUGCUCGAUUGAGUCGAAACCCCAACCAGAUGCGGUGGAAGUGAAACCACCACCGAAGUACGCGCUUCCCAAGAAAGGCAUUCCACGCGUUCCCAAUAGCAACAGCCACCUUCCACCUUUAAAACGCCGCAUCACCCUCCCACCACCAUUCAAUCCACUGGCUGGAACUGCCGGAAGUGGAAUUGCCGUUCCAAUUGAAGGCACAAGCGGUGCCACAGACUGA